UAACUGAACCAACAGUUUUUCCUGCAGAUCCAUCUCCCAUUUCCUCAUCUCUGAUGGAGACUGGCUGCUAGCAUGAGCGUUUCUGGGAUACACUCUGGUUUUCUCAGAAAGUACGGUGGCUUUAUGUUCAAACAAUGGAAGGAGAGGUACAUCGUGCUGACAGCAGAGGGCGACCUGCUGGUGUGUCGUGAUGUUGGUUCUCCUCCUGACCAGGUGGUGUCACUGCACAGAGGCUGCGAGGCCAUCGUCGAGGGUGGGGAAAUCCUAGACUUGCCUCGAUUGCCCAACGCCGGCCAUAGAGACUGCAGUUUCGCUUUGAUUCUACCCCAGAAAAAGGUUCUGCUGCUAUUGGCAGACAAUCCUAGUGACUGUAGCCACUGGCUGAACGUUAUGAGGAAGGUGAGAGAGUGUCUCUCAUCCCCUCAGUACAACUGCAAACGCCAUCGGGGUUCGACCUCUUGCAUAACGGAUAGAGACCCUUAUCUUGACCGUGUCAAGGACAAAGAGCACUUAAACCCAUGCAAGGAGCCCUUAGAACCUGGGCAGCGUGAUAAAGAUGUUCCUAAGAGCAAAGGAGGCAUGCGGUCUUCACGAGCCCAGAGCAUGAAGACGGCAUCUCCUCAACACUCGGCCAAUUGUUUGCGGCAUGGCACCAGCAGCGACGUGCGCGGCGUGAGGGCCGUAUACCUGCUCAUGGGAGGGGCGACUACAUCGUCAGUGCUCGGCUACCUGGGGACCUGCUCUCCCUGCAUCCAUGAUGCUAGACCUCCUAACCUGCCCUCCGCGGUGGGCUUUUUUGACCUGGGUACGGGGGGCACCUUCCACAACUGCAGCCAGGCUGGCGAACCAGCACACUAUCACAGUUUCAAUUUCGAGGGGAACUUGGACUUUGAUGCCUUUGAUUGUGGGGGAUUUGCAUUCUAGAAGGACCUACAUCAAGGCAUUUAAAGCACAUAAAUAAAUACAUGAAUAAAAUCUCUUUAUACUCUUUGCAAACAUAUACAGUAAAUUUUACCACAUAUUUCUUCAAAUAUUCUAAAAGAUAAUAAUAAUAAUUUGUUUUUGAUAUUAAGAUGUUGUCAGGGUGCGCAGUGAGCAGGCGAGCGAACGGGCAGGCCAGCUGGCUGGAAGCAGGCAAGGAGGUGAAAAUCGGGGAAAACUGGAGAUUUAUUACGGGGAAGGUUAGGGAAACAGCGAGAAAACAUCAAAUGACGCUAACUAACAUCAAUGACGGACAAAAACCAGGGUAAGACACAGGCUGAAAUAGACAAGACUGGGUGAAAAUAAUCAGACACAGCUGGGCAAGAUCGGGGAAGCACACGAGGAUAAUCAGGGGGCGUGGCACCCACGAGGAGUGGACGAGCCGGGCAUGACAGAUGUCACAUAUUUUGUUGUUUGUGCUCUACUGAGCUGACAAUCAGUAUGUCUCCAUCAGAACCUGUUUUUUCACAUCUUGUGUCCUUCUCCUCUAUCGAUUUGUCUUACUCAUGAACUCCUUUAUGCUGAAGUAAAUGCACUGAUCAGUUAUUUAUGAUGUUAGUUUGUUAUUUAUAAAAGAGAUCUGGGCUAUGUAAAGUCUAAGUCCACUAGCAGUUAAGAACAGAGACUGUUCAGGUCAUCACCUUUGUUAGAGAACAUUUCUUCUGUGAUUUCAUAGAAUAACUCUUAAGUCCAGCUCCUUAUCCAGUACACCAUCUGCUAGCAAUAAGGGAAUGCUCAUUUUACGUUUUUUGAUGUUGUCCAGUAUGAUAACCAAAAGCUCACAAGAAAGACGAAACGAGAACUGCACAGUUUAAACUCCAGAUCAGUUAAAUAGCUGUGUGUGUCAUGAGGGUUCAUAUGUUUUUAUCUGGAUGUUUGUGUUUCAGUUGUGUUUUCUGUCAUGUGUUACUUUGCUGUGAUCUCAUGAGAUUAUAGCUGCAUCCUAGGCACAACUUAACUGUUUUUAGUCUCUCAUUCUUAAUACAAGCAAACAUACACUACCUUUAGUGACAGGUAAGGAGCUCCAUGACAGUGAAAGCACCUACUGUGAAGCUGAAAAGACAGUAAAACAGCUAAAACCUGUUAUUUGCCCAAGUAAUACAAAAUAAACUAUUAACAAACAA